UACUGCAUGCAUCGCAUGAAUUGAAACCAUAGACGCUAUCUUCACAGUAACGGGAAUUCUCGCGAGCGAAAUUGAAUGAUGGCGGGGUGUAAAUUCCUCGUUUCUCGUGCAACCGUACCCGUUUGGAUGAUAUAAAUUUGGAUUAUAGUGUAAAUUUUGUCAAAGAAAACUCCUGAUUUUUCCCCAGGUAUGGAGACCUAGAGAGGAAUCAUGCCUGGACGGUCAACAUCCUCUCGUGCCAGUCGGUCAGUGCGGUCAUCUAGACCCUCCACAGCAUCGUCCAAGAGACCACACAAGAGACCGCCCCUCCCGAUGCCGGUCAACAACAAAACCUGGCCCAAAUCAUUUGGCUUCACAAUCGGGGGUGACGCCCCUACCUAUAUUCUCUCCGUGGAGCCGAACAGCCAUGCCCAUGCGGCCGGGCUCCAACCUGGAGACCAACUUGUGGAACUCAAUAACCAAAGCAUCCUCCACUUGGGUGCAGAGUCCAUCAUGACACUCGCCAGACGAUGUCCGGAAGUGCCUCCGAGCAUCGUCGUCGUGUCCUGCGUGAAGACGUGUGAACUCUACCGCGAUCGCAAUGGCCACUUUGGCUUGACUCUCAUUGGAGGCGGUCCCGUGUACGUGGAGGUCGUCGAGCGCGGUGGUCCCGCGAUGAACUGUGGGUUGAAAGCAGGAGACAUGGUGUUAGAAAUCAACGGACUUCCCAUCAAGCAUUCUGAUGAUGCUAAGUUGUUUGUAAGGGGAGCGGCCAGAUUGAAGAUGGUCAUCAUUCCUGGUGCGGGACACCAAUCAGUCAAGAAGAUUGCCCAAAGGUUUGAAGCUCAUGCUCAGGACAGGAAAAAUAAAGCAGAUGGAUUCUUCAGAAAGCUUGAUGCAGUGUUUUACAAUGACCAAUUGAAGAAGGAGACAUUACUGGCCUUACUCAAGCGAUAUGCAAAGGAUAAGAAAGUGGAUGCCUUUGGUAGAGCACUGGCAGGUCUUCUGGAUACACCUACAGAGAAGAAACUCUUUGAAGAUAUCAGGAUCUUUGUUCCGCCCAAACACAGAGAUAGAUUUGAUUUUCUGGUGACCAAGGAUGAACCUGCAAGAGGAAAGAGGAUUGUGACAGUUAACCGAGCUGGAGGUUCUUUUGGUUUUGUAUUAGCUGGUGAUAUCCCUGUCAUCAUAGAGACCAUAGAUAGAGGUGGAGCAGCCGAGAGGGCCGGGCUGCGGACAGGGGACAGGAUCAUGAGACUCAACGGUCUCAACGUCCGGAAGAAGACCCACGAUGAACUGGUAGAGCUCCUCAAGGGGAGCGGAUCUACACCCACCCUGGUGGUUGAAACCGGUCCCAUUAUUCCAUCCUCUGCUAACUCGAUGGCGAGUGCCAGCAUGGUGUCCAGCAGUGUCCUGAGCACGACACAGACCAGUGAUGUCACAUCCAUCGCAGGAUGGUUAUCGGAAUCAGGGACCAGUCGAGCCACGACAACCGUCUACGAUGGUGACAGUAUUAUCGGCCUCAAGCCCUUGUCCAAGAUGGAUCUGUACUCACUCGGAAGAACGUUCAAGGAAAUGAUGGAACAUCAUCUAACACCUGAUGAGAGGAAAGUGAUCAAGAAAUGCCUCAGAGACUACCAUCAUACAAGAAACAUUGAUGGGUUGAUCGUAGAGAUCUUCCCAAUCUUGGACACGAACGCCAAGAGGACGAUCUGGCCUUACAUCAUCCACAUCCUCCCCGAUGAGGUCCAGGAGAAGUGCAAGAAGAAGGUCAUCUAUCUCAUCGAUAGACAUGCUGCAGAUGCUGUUUACAAGCCGAAGGGUAGUCCCCUGCACCCUGAUGAAGAGGUCCCAUUCAGGGCCAAGUCAAGGAACCAUAGUAGGGCUGCAAGCUAUGACAUCACACCCUCGUAUGGUGAUGUGGUGUUUGGCGCCCCCGGCGAGUUUGAACCAGGAGAAGCAGCUUACAUGUUUCAGCAGGAGCGGCGGAGAAGGAUGCGCCGGCAUCGCUCACUCGGCCAUCUUGGUUAUUCCGGUGAGCCUCAGUUGAUCAGCAAACGAUGGAUGGAUCCUUCUUACGAUGGGAAUUACCCACCUGCUAUGGUCAGCUCAGUUGAUGAUUACGAGAUGCUGAGACAGCGGAGUAGGGGGUCAGUGGAUGGUUCGAUGAUGGGAGACGAUAGGGGGACGUUCCCACGGAGGAUGCGGCAGCGGCAUCGGAGCCAGCCGGACCUCCGCAGGUUCAUCGACGAAAAUGACGAUGACGAUUCGGACAUAUUCCCCAUACCACGGAGAAUGGAUAGAAGAUUUGUGUCAGAGCGAACUCGCCAUGCCAUUUAUCUACCUGAGAGUGAUAUAGAAGAUUUUGAUGAUGACGACGAUCUGGUGCCGGAUGAGCGCUUGUUUUAUCCUCGCAACAGAUCCUCUUCUCACCAACAGCGCCCUCUAGGGGAACAGUUCAACACCUUUCACUCUCUCCCCUCCGGCCGUAGACGAUCCCAGCUCUCUCAGGAGACUUUUUUAUCUAAUGCGGGGGGCUUUGAGCACAGGGAAAUGGGUUCAUUCGUGAGGAACCCAUUGGCAGUUGUUGCUGACCUCGUGUCAGACGAAGAAGGCGCGGCCGCGUCCAUUCGCAGCAGCCAAUCCCGGUCAAGAUCCGUGCCAAGGUCCUCCAGGUCAACCCAACAAAAUGGCCACCGCACUCCACACAACGAGAGUGUCAACAACAACAAUAACUCACGAAACAACGGGAAGUUUUCCCCGCCCAUGUCCACGUCCGGUGGCGGCUUCGCCUACUCCACUCCGCUGACCAACCGGAGGGAGUCAGACGAGAUAGGGAGCUUGGAUGCUUACCAGGAUGGCAGGCAGCGCUCCCACUCAAGAAAUCGGCAGCAUCAUCACCAAGACAAUAACUGGUCCUUUCCAGAUGUGCAGACAAUACCGAAUUCCAGUCCUGGUGAACACAACCACUCAAACCGCAGUUCCGUAAGCCACGCCUCUAGCCCGCCCCUCUCGGAGAAGAGCAUCCAGGAGCGUAUGGAUGAGCUGAUAAGAAGCACCCAUGAGAGUCAGCCACGCCCUGUCCCGCCCCCUGUCAUGCCCCACCCCCAGGAAGAAGAACACAAUGGAUCGCUGGAGUCUACCAUGAUCAAUGGCGAUGAUGAAGAAGAAGUUGGCUCAUCCUCACAUGGAAGCAUGGAAGGCCAAUACCCCAUCUCCAUGGUACCUCCGCCCCCACCCCCACCACCCCCUCCCCCCGUCCCUCCUCCUCCCCCUCCCAUACCGGGGGAGAUGAAUAACAACUGGUCGAGUGAAGCCAAGAUGUCCGUCAAGAGGCUCAAUUGGGAGAAGCUGCAGGAUACAGAGAACACCGUCUGGAGUGGGCUUGGUGAUGAGGUUGGCUACUUUGAUGAUGUCAUCAAGCACCUCGAGCUCGAGGAGAAGUUCAGCACAGUCAGCAAGGGCAAAGAUGGAAAACCUGGAAAAGGAGGUAAGCUAGGCUUGUCCACCCCAAGAGACAGGAAGAACCAGAUAUUUGUAAUCAACCACAAGAAAGCACACAACACAGCCAUCUUGCUUGGUCACCUACGGACACCUGUGGAGGAGCUAAAGAAAGAUAUUCUUACCAUGGAAUGUAGACGACUCUCUGUAGCUCACAUCCAACAGCUUGCUCAGUAUGCCCCUGACACUGAUGAGGUUGACAGCUUAGCACGUUAUGCUGGCCAGACAUCGCAGCUCAGUGAACCGGACAAAUUUGCUUUUGAGAUAAGUCGAGUGCCAGGCUUCAAGCUUCGUCUCAGAGCGCUGAUGUUGAAAGCUGGAUUUCAUGAGAAGGUGGAUGAGUUGGUGGGUUAUCUAAACAUGAUACAGCAAGCCUCCUCGGAGCUCAGGCAAAGCCAGAAACUAGCCAAAGCUCUUGAACUUGUUCUUGCCAUGGGCAACUACAUGAACCAGGGCAAUCAGAGGGUUGCCGGGGCAACAGGAUUCAAGAUCAGCUUCCUAAAUGAGUUGGACACAACAAAAACGUCAGACAACAAAGCCACUUUCCUCCAUGUAGUGGCCAAGGCCGUCCACUCCAACGUUCCUGAAGUGAUCAACUUCCGAGAUGAGAUUCCAUCGGUGCCGAAGGCCGUUAAGAUGUCUCUCAAGGCAGUCAAGGAUGAGCUUACUCAGCUUACGGACCAACUCAAUGACAUGGAUCGUGAGGUGGAGCGGUUCAACCAGGAGGAGAUCAUCAUUGAUGAGGACGAUCGUUUCUCCGAGGUCAUGGCCGUCUUCCUCAAGGAGGCUUCGGAGCACCUCUCCAGGAUCCAUGAGCAAUACGCUCUUUGCUGUGAUGACUUCUACAAGACGGCACAGUUCUUUGGAGAGGACCCCCGCAGCAUGGAGAGCGCAACCUUCUUCAGCAUUUUCUCCCUCUUCAUCACUAAGUUUGCUAAAGCUCAUGCCGACAACAUGCAGAGGCCGUCAUGACAACGAAACAUAUCUGCCUUCAGCAAGUUACAUGUACAGGUACCAACAUCAACAUGAUCAAUGGAAUUACAGGCUGCAGAGUAACUACAUGUAUUUAAAUCCAGUAUUCCAGUUCACAGAUACAUACCACAUUGGGGAGAGUUCUUCCCAAGUUGGUAUUUGUGUUGAAGUUUUGCAUUCAUGUGUUACAAAUUAUUGUAUUUUAGUAGCCAGCAUUCAUUGUUGCUAUGUCAGAAUUCAUGUGUACAGGUGCAGACAUUAAUUGUGCCAUGUCAGACAGGCCCCAUGCAAGCUGAAGCACAUCAACAAAAACCAUCGUGUAGAGGUGUCCCGCCCCCCCCCCCCCCACUAAGUGUUAAUUAGGGUACGCAUAUGC